UGCCAUUAAUUUUAAUUUAUUUUUUUCGUAAAAUUAUGUUAAGAAAAAUAUCACUGAAUUAUGUCCUACGGGUAGUUAAUUAUAUCGCUUCAUGUAUUCUCAAUUUUAAAUUUAGUGUAUGGAUGUUGGGGACAAUGUCAUAUUCAAGUGAAUUAAAAUCAUCAACCAUUAAACCAUUAAAUAUGAAACAAAUGGCUAGACUUGAAAAGAAAAAGAAAAAGGUGACAGCAUUUUUAGAAAUAGCAAAAUUAAAUGAACAAGAUAGAAAAUUACAACAAGAGGUAGAAGUAGCUGAAGAAAAUGAUAAUAACUGUACAGAACCAGUUACAAAACGUUUAAAAAUACAUGAAGAAAAACAAUUAAAUUCAGAAAAUUUAGAGAAUAGUAAGAAAAAUUCUAUUUCUAUAAAAAAAGAAUAUCAAAUGUUAAAAAAAGAGGUACAAGAACGUAAAAUUAAAAUAAAACAACCAAAAUUCAUGUUAAAAGCCGUUGGCGAUAAAGCACACCUAUCAUUGAAUGGAAAUGAACGUAUACCAUUAUUUUUAAGUGAUAUUCAACAUUUAUUAUUAUAUUCACAAUCCGGACAUUUCGCAUCAUACACUCCAUCACGAUGGUGUCAAUUGGAUAAAUAUAAUCGUAUUAGUCAUACUAUAGUUUUAGUUGUUGAGAAUCUAUCGAUAUAUCACUAUACAUCGUAUCAAUCAAAUUUCAACAUAUUAAAUACGAAAUUUAAAGAUAAUCAAGUUGAAGUAUUAACACCAACUUGUUAUGGUGGUAACAUGAUACAAGAACUUGUAUCCGUUCCUCUAACUAAUACACAACGGAGUAAACUUAUCAAGAAAUACGGUAGUGUACAAGCUGCAAUACAAAUGACCGGAGAAGUAUUUAAAAUGUUACGUGCCGUAUUUCCAAUUGAUCAUAGGGGUCCAAAAAUCGAAUAUAUUGGUAAUUUACCAGAAUCGGAUAAAUUUCCCCGUACUACAUUAUUAUUAUCAGCGGCACAGCUAGUUGAAGAGAAUUAUCCAAUUCCGUUAAAGGGUGAAUUAUCAGAAAAAUAUUCGGAUUAUGUUCUAACGAAAGAUGCUUAUAAACCUGUUACACCAUUUUCACCAAUGUUUGGCUUGGAUUGUGAAAUGUGUCGUACAACAAGUGGAAAUUUAGAGUUAACACGUAUUUCAAUUGUUAAUGAAAAAUUGCAUACGAUUUAUGAAAAGCUGGUUAAACCUGAUAAUAAAAUUGUUGAUUAUUUAACACGAUUUUCAGGAAUAACAAAAGAAAUGUUAGAUGGUAUCACAACAAAACUAUCAGACGUUCAACAAGAUUUACGUGAACUAUUACCAGCCGAUGCCAUACUUGUUGGUCAAUCAUUAAACUUUGAUUUACAUACAUUAAAAAUGAUGCAUCCAUACAUAAUUGAUACAAGUGUUAUAUUUAAUAUGUCCGGUGAUCGUACACGUAAAACAAAAUUAGCAACACUAGCACGUGAAUAUCUAUCGGAACGUAUUCAAGCCAGUCGUAAUGGACAUUGUUCUGUUGAAGAUAGUAAAGCGUCAUUAAAACUAGCACAGUUAAAAUUAACGAAAACUGUUGAAUACGGUGAUGCGGUCUUAGGCGGACGACAUAAUACUGAAAAAUAUGAAUUAAAUAAUGAAAUGAAAACACAACAUGCAUAUGCUACGAAUUUAUUUAAACAUUUAACGGUAUCAAAUGAAAAGAAUGCAUUUAUUGUUGGAUGUGAUCAAGUGAUUGAUGAGUAUACAUCGUUUGUGGAUAAGUCAAAUGUAACAUAUGAUUAUGAGUCCAAAGAUAAGAAGAUUAAAUGUGAAACGGUUCAAACAAAUCAAUUAUGUGUACAAAGAUUGUGUGAAAGUGCAAAAGAUUAUAGUUUUGCUUUGGGUCAUAUUAAUUUAAAUGAUGAACAACUUAAUCAUGAGAAUGCUUCAAAUACAUUUAGUUUAUUGGAUGAAUGGAUAGCGAACAUAUGGACACAUAUGGAACCUAGAGGAUUUUUUAUAGUGUUAUUUAGUGGCCAAUGUCAAGGAGCAAGUGGUGUUGGUUUUAUUACAAUUAAAAGAGAUAAUAGAACGUAA